AUGUUAUUUAAAGGUUUUGUAGCCUCAUUGGUGGUAUACUUUGUAUAUGUGUUUUCCACCUCCCGAUCGGCCUCCAAACCCUCCAAGGGAACCGAUUGGAAACAGGCCCAGGCAGAAGUCCGUGAUGCGUUCCUUGAAUCGUGGCAUACGUAUGAAAAACAUGCAUGGGGAAAGGAUGUUUUUCAUCCUAUUUCUCAACAGGGUGAAAAUAUGGGUCCCAAUCCAUUGGGUUGGAUGAUUGUUGAUUCGUUGGAUACUUUGAUGAUCAUGGAUUGUCCUGGUGAAGUUUUGAGGGCCAGGAACUGGAUCAAGAGUGUUUUGGACUAUAAUAUAGAUUACGAAGUCAAUGUGUUUGAAACCACCAUCAGAAUGAUGGGAGGACUCUUAUCAGCAUUCCACUUAUCUGAAGAUGAUUUGUACUUGGAUAGGGCCGUGGACUUGGCCGGUGCGUUGCUUGAAGGGUUUAAGAGUCCUUCAGGGCUUCCAUAUUCUUCUGUCAAUUUGAAAACUGGUAAAGCCAUUAAGAACCAUGUCGAUAAUGGUGCUUCUUCUACUGCUGAGGUGGCCACCUUACAAUUGGAGUUCAAGUACUUGAGUCACUUGACCGGGGAAGCAGUAUACUGGGAAAAAGUCGAAAAAAUCAUGGAGGUUUUGGAUUCUAAUGAACCUACAGAUGGCUUGGUUCCAAUCUACGUUAAUCCAGACACUGGAAAAUACCAAAGUCGGUUGAUCAGGUUGGGCUCAAGAGGAGACUCCUACUAUGAGUAUUUGUUGAAGCAGUUCUUGCAAACCAAUGAACAAGAACAUGUGUACUACGAUAUGUACAAGGAAUCUUUUGAAGGAAUUACCCACAAUAUGGUUAGCUAUUCCAAACCUAAUCACUUGGUGUACAUUGGAGAAUUGGAAAAUGGAAUCAAAGGGAAGUUGAGUCCGAAAAUGGACCACUUGGUUUGCUUCUACGGAGGUUUGGUAAGUUUGGGUGCCACUUCAGGGCUAACCUUGGAAGAGGCCAGAAAGCAGCCAUGGUGGAACACCAAGAAGGAGUUGGAAUUCAAGUUCGGAGCUGACUUGACCUAUAGUUGUUACCGGAUGUACGAGGAUACUCCCACCGGAUUGGCACCUGAAAUCGUUGUUUUCAAUGAGGACAAAACCAAGUCGCGUGACUUCUACAUCAAACCUUUGGACAAACAUAAUUUGCAACGUCCAGAAACUGUCGAAUCGUUAUUCUACUUGUACAGAUUGACAGGUGACGAAAAGUAUAGACGGUAUGGAUACAAAAUUUUCCAGAAGUUUGUGCAACACUCUAGAUACGUUAGUGAAGAGGGAGAUGUUUCGUACACAUCGCUUGAUGAUAUGACGGUGAUUCCGCCAAAGAGAAGAGAUAACGUGGAGUCGUUCUGGUGGGCCGAAACCUUGAAAUAUUUGUUCUUGUUAUUCGAUGACGAAAACAAGCUUCCUCUCGACAAGUAUGUUUUUAACACAGAAGCCCAUCCGUUCCCUCGUUUCGAUAUGGGUAAACUCUUCAAAACCGGGUGGAGACGGUCCAAAGGUUCCGAAGAAAGAGCCAAUAUAGAGACUCCAAAUGUUGAAAUCGACAAGAACAAUAUACCUGAGGCUGCUCCUGCCGACAAGCCUGUCGAUCAACAGGUACAAGAAGAAGCUCAGAAAAACCCCGAAAUCCUUGAUCAUUAG